AUGCGUGCCCUUCGUCUGAGAGGUGUUUCAUUCUUCUCACAGGGAGUCCUCGUCCCUUUAACAACUCCUCGUGCAUGGUGUGCGGAUCAGACAACCAAGGACAAGGUGGAGAAUGACACUAAAAAAACAAAGGAGGAACCCUUAUUAACCCAGGAGGCAUUUGCAAAACUGGAAAAGGAACUUGAGAAUGCAAGGGUAACUAUCGCCGAAUUAAAAAAGGAUGUCCUUUAUCGUGCUGCAGAGGCUGAAAAUGCCCGUCGCAUUGGGCGUGAGGAUGUUCAGAAAGCGAAGAGUUAUGGAAUAACAUCAUUUGGGAAAGACAUGCUGGAAGUUGUUGAUACUCUUGAAAAAGGCCUUGAGGCGAUGUCGAAAGUCUCGGCCGAGGAGUUUGAAAAUAACAAAAAUAUGAGCUCUAUUCAUACUGGUGUUAAACUGUCUACCAAGUUGUUGCUGAACAAUUUGUCAAAACACGGAAUUGAAAAGAUGAGCGUAAAUGUUGGUGACACUUUUGAUCCCAACUUGCAUGACGCGCUGAUGAAAACAUCCCCUACUCCUGAAAUCCCCAGCGGUCAUAUUUCUAUUGUGUUGAAAGGCGGAUACAAGAUUCAGGAGCGUGUGCUACGGGCACCUCAAGUUGGUGUCGCCGGCGACGAUUGA